GCCGGCUGGGGCUGCCCCCGCCAGGCAGCUGCUCCUGGAAAGGUCACGCAGCUGCUCCGGCUGCACACAGAGCGAGGCGACGCCCUCCCAGCCGCCCGCCGCAGCCCUGCCACAGGCUCCGGGGAGCGUGCGCUGGCGGGAGGGAGCCCCUGGGAGCCGAGGAGAGUGCCAGCCCCCCAGCGAGAGCCCGGGCGGAUCUGGCCAGGAUGGCGGAGAACGGGCUGCGGGACAAGGUGCUGAGCCUGGACUCCAUGAACCCGUGGGUGAAGCGGGUGGAGUACGCGGUGCGGGGCCCCAUCCUGGCCCGCGCCGUGGAGCUGGAGGAGGAGCUGCGGCAGGGUGUGAAGAAGCCUUUCACAGAGGUGAUUAAAGCCAACAUCGGCGAUGCCCACGCCAUGGGCCAGCGCCCCAUCACCUUCCUGCGCCAGGUCAGCGCCUUGUGCCUCUACCCCGAGCUGCUGAGCAAACCCCUCUUCCCCGACGAUGCCAAGCAGAGGGCACGCAGACUGCUGGCAGCAUGCGGAGGGCAGAGCAUCGGUGCCUACACUGCCAGCCCUGGCAUCGAGAUCAUCCGCCAGGACGUGGCACGGUACAUCGAGAGGCGGGACGGGGGCAUCCCCGCCAACCCGGACAACAUCUACCUGUCGACGGGUGCCAGUGAUGCCGUCAUGACCAUGCUGAAGCUGCUGGUGUCGGGGGAGGGCCGGUCGCGGACGGGCGUGAUGAUCCCCAUCCCCCAGUACCCGCUGUACUCAGCUGGCAUCGCCGAGCUCAACGCCGUGCAGGUCAACUACUACCUGGACGAGGAGCAGUGCUGGGCGCUGGACGUCGGGGAGCUGCGGCGGGCCCUGAGCCAGGCCCGCGAGCACUGCCAGCCCCGGGUGCUGUGCAUCAUCAACCCUGGGAACCCCACGGGCCAGGUCCAGAGCCGGAAAUGCAUCGAGGAUGUCAUCAAAUUUGCGUGGGAGGAGCAGCUCUUCCUGAUGGCCGACGAGGUCUAUCAGGACAACGUCUAUGCCGAGGGCUCCGAGUUCCACUCCUUCAAGAAGGUCCUUUUCGAGCUGGGCCCCAUGUACUCGAGCGUGGUGGAGCUGGUCUCCUUCCACUCCAUCUCCAAGGGCUUCAUGGGAGAGUGCGGGUUCCGCGGCGGGUACAUGGAGGUGGUGAACCUGGAUCCAGCUGUGCAGCAGCAGCUCUCCAAGCUGGUGUCGGUGCGGCUGUGCCCGCCCGUGCCCGGCCAGGUGCUGCUGGACGUCGUCAUGAACCCACCGAAGCCUGGCGAGCCCUCGUACCAGAGCUUCAUCCAGGAGAAGCAGGCAGUGCUGAGCGACCUGGCCCACAAAGCGCAGCUGACCCAGGAGAUCUUCAGCCAGGUGCCCGGGAUCCGCUGUAACCCCGUGCAGGGCGCCAUGUACUCCUUCCCCAGGAUCCAGAUCCCAGCCAGGGCGGCUCAGGAGGCCCAGGCCCGGGGCUUUGCCCCAGACAUGUUCUUCUGCCUCCAGCUGCUGGAGGAGACGGGCAUCUGCGUGGUGCCAGGGAGCGGCUUUGGGCAGCGAGAGGGCACCUAUCACUUCAGAAUGACCAUCCUGCCGCCUGUGGAGAAGCUCCAGAUCCUGCUGAAGAAACUCAGCCAGUUCUAUGCCAAGUUCACCCGGGAAUAUUCCUAAGGUGCUGCCCGGGUCAGCUGCCCGCUCUGCCCUGCCUGUCCAUCCAGCGCCCGCCGGGGGCCGGGGCAGCUUCUCGCUCUGGCCGUGGGACUGGCAGGUGUCCAUGCCCCCUCACUGGAAUCCACCUGUACCAGCCCAGCUGCCCCGCUCGACGAGUGCUCCUGAGGGGUGCCAGGCGCUCUGGGGCUGUGCCCUGCCCCCGACACUCCAUCUCCCCCUCCCCGGCCUUUGGGGGUGGGGCAGCUCUGGCACAGGACACACCAGCACCAGGCAGCCGUGUGCCAGCACGCUCGCAGCCCCUGCCCUCCCCGCCCCCGUGGCCCAGCUGGCUGAAUUCCCCUAGCCCCGUGCAGCCUGCUGGGCACCGCUGGAUGAGGUGCCCUGGCAUCGCCAGCCAGUGGGACCUGCGGGUGGGCUCCAGCAGCACCCUCUGUGGUGCACCCCCAUGCUCCCUCUCACGCACGUCCCCGGGCCAGGCUGUGUCACCAGCACUGCCCCUGCCCCCUGAUCGAGGCCAAGCUCCAGGCGCCCACCAGCUCCUCCCCACCCACAGAGUGCCUUGAGCCAUCUCGUCCUGAAGUGCCUUGUUCCCCCACCUCCUCUGCUGGCCCCCGUGCCCUGCGAGGGGGCAGCCCAGCGGCUCUGUCUGCCCCACAGGCCAGGCCAGCAGGGCUCCCUGCGCCACCCCCUUCCCCGGGCUACAGCGGGUCAGACAGAGCCACCCAGGGACCCAGGCUGGGCACACGGUGCCUGCCCAGGUGGAGAGCUGCCUGCCGGGGGCAUGGACAGCUGCAGCCCACGGAGGGACGUGCCCAGCCCAGGAAGGUCUAAGUGUCCCUGUUUGAGCCUGCGGGGCUUUACUCUGCCCCUGCCCAGCUCGUCCCCAGGGCCUCCCUGCGCCCGGGUCCUGGGCAGAGACGCGGCCGGGGGCUGCGCAUGGGCCUGGCCUGGAGCCCCCAGAGCAGCAAUAAACAGUUAAUGACUGAA